AAAAGGAGGCAGCUGAAUGACAGCGGCUGCUCCCCGCGCCCCCGCCCCGCUGAGCACCGGCCACUUCGUCACUGACCCCCCUUGCACUGCACUUCCCUGCCCCGCUCGCUGCCGGCCAUGGAGGGGAGAGAGGACGCGGAGUGCGACUGCCGAGCGGCGUUCGCCGAGGCUCGGCGAUGGGUAGAGACAGUUACUGGGAAAAGCUUUGGAACCAAAGACUUUCGAGCAGCUCUGGAAAAUGGAGUCCUGUUGUGCGAUUUGAUUAACAAGAUCAAACCUGGCAUUGUUAAGAAGAUCAAUCGCCUAUCAACUCCAAUAGCUGGCUUGGAUAAUAUAAAUGUUUUUCUGAAAGCGUGUGAAAAUAUUGGACUGAAAGAAGCUCAGCUUUUUCAUCCAGGAGAUCUUCAGGAUUUGUCCAAUCGAGUUACAGUCAAACCGGAGGAGACCAACAGAAGAGUGAAAAAUGUUUUGAUUACAUUAUACUGGCUUGGGAGGAAAGCUCAAAGUAACCCUCAUUAUAAUGGUCCAUACCUCAAUCUUAAAGCAUUUGAGAAGUUACUAGGGCAAGCAUUGACUAAGGCACUUGAAGAGUCUAGCCACCUGAACAGAAGUGGCAGGGAUAGUGGAUACGGUGAUAUUUGGUACGUUGACCGGGGAGAGCCCUUUCCAUCUUCAGCUAGCCAUAAAAGAGACGAUUCCUUUGAUAGCUUGGACUCUCUUGGUUCAAGAUCUUCCACAAGCUUUUCAUCAGAUAUAACCUUGAAAGGUGGCAGUGAAGGUUGUGACAGUGACACAGACUCAGAACUGCCUUUCAAAAUGCAUGACUCCCAUAAAGAUGACAGGUCUUACCGCAGGAUUUCUGUGAUUGAACCGAAGCCUACCACUGAUUUCAAUCGCUUCUUACCCAACAAAAACAAGCAGACGUCCUAUGUGCCAGCACCUUUAAGGAAGAAGAGGACGGAGAAGAAUGAAGACAACAGGAGGAGCUGGGCAAGUCCUGUCUUCACUGACUCAGAUGGAACAUUUUCAAGUGGACAUGAAAGGAAUCCUGUAGCCUCCUGCCAAAGUAGCAAAGCAGAGUGUGGGCUCACAGAUCCAGCUUCCCUCCAGAUGAUCUAUGAGUAUGACAGUGGCUCUGAUUCAGAAGAUGAAAGAAGGCUGCCCGACCUGGUUAUGGAUGACUUAGCAAAUCGUAGAUUUCUAGUCAAAAAGAGCCCUGUAAGCUCUGCUACACCUGGACAUCAUUUCAUGUUGCGCAAUGACUCUCCUAAAUCUUGCUCGCAAGAAAGUUAUCCAGCUGGUCCACUAGCUGCAAUGCUUGAACCACUGAGUAACCAGAGGAGGCAGAGGCAGUUGGCUACUAAAGAGGAAAACAAGUCAAGAGCUAACAUUCCUUCAGAAUUAUCUGGGUAUUUUGAUGAGGACGAGGAUGAAGAAAUAGGCAUCCCAAACAUUGAGAAAGAUGAUCUCUAUUUUCGCAAGCUAAGUUCUUCAGCGGCAAACACAGUUGUUGCUUUUGACAAAUUUCUUCCUAAGUUUUGGACUCCAGAAGAGGAAUUGUUAUGGAAAAAAAUCAGAAAGUCCUCUUUCAAACCCUGGUAUAAAGAGAUUCAAGGGUUCAGUAGAAAGAAAUUGGAUUCUGAGGAGGAUUUUGCUUACAAACAAAGCUCUGCCAUUGUUGCUAAUCACCCAAGACCAAGUUUUGACUGGAACAGCAGUUGCAGAAGAGAUCAGAACUAUAAGCCAACCGCUGACUAUGUGGGAAGCUCAUUGUCACAGAUUGCAGAAGGAAAAAUCUUGGAAGCUGCUGAUCAGCCCAGUCAGUUUUCAUUACUUCAGGCUCUGCAAAAAUACUCUGACUACUUGUCUUCUGAAACGAAGACCAAAAUAGAUCCUACUUCUGGCCCUAGGCUCAUAAAAUGUAGAAAGAAUAUUUCCUUUAUACCAGGAAGCAAUCAAGGAGAUGGGGAAAACGGGUAUCUGUAUCCAGAUUUGGAAAACGAUGACUUUUUUGUUCGGAAAACUGGGGCUUUCCAUGUGAAUCAAGUUGUUCUACAAGACCCCCGGUAUUUAAAAAACUUCUCUGAGCAGGAGCCUCCCAUAGAGGGAGAGAUAAUUCUGCAACCCAGAGAGGGCCAACCUGUGAUUCCAGAUUUGGAGAAGGAUGACAUGAUUCUCCGUAAAAUCCUCUCUCAGAGGAAAGAGGUGCCUUUAUCGGGCGCUCCAGACAAGUAUCACCCAGCACUCUUUCCUGAUCCAUGGAGUCUUCCGGAGGAGAUACGGUCCAAAUUCCUGUGUUUACUUGAAAAAGACACUACACCAGAGGAGAGGAAGAGCAAUGGCAGAGUGCUGUCACCAUCUUCCCACCAUAAGAAGGACGAUAUGCUGACCCGCAAGUUAGAAUCUUGGAAGGUGGGAAGCAACGCCCAGCCAGUAAAUUUCAUCCCGGGUCCAUGCAGUGAGGAAGACUGGAAGAAGUGGGAAGCAAUCAGGGAGGCCAGCAAAGUUAGACACAAGAAACGGCAGAUGGUGGAGAGACUGUUUCAAAAGCUUUCUGAUGAGCAAGGGAGCAAAUCUUUGAAUGACGUCAGUGCAGAGGAGCUACAGUCAUUGCGCAAAAUCCGUUAUGAAGAGCUACAAAGGAUCAAAGAACAAUUACAAGAACAAGAUCUAAAGUGGCAAGAAGAUUUAGCAAAAUGGAAGAAUCGUAGAAAGAGCUUCACUUCUGAAUUGCAAAAAAAGAAGGAAGAGAGAGAAGAAAUAGAAAGGAGAGCCUCUGAGGUGUCUGAGAGGAGUACAAAGUCACUGAAAGAAAUACAGCAGGAGAGGGAAGACAGAGAUCUAGAUUCCUACAGGCAGCGAAAACACGAACACAGAUGGACAUAUUCACUGAAUGAUGAUGUGUUUAGUGAAGAAAAAGCACCUUCCACACAGUCAACAGCAAAAGACUACCUUUUGGAAGAAGAUACCACCUACAGUUCUAAGGACAGCAAAAGCACAAACGCCACACAAAAGCACAAGGAGAACCUCCCGGAGAGCUCGGCCACUCGUGAAGCUCCUACUCCACCAAAGAGCCUGGCAGAGGAGCAGAACUCGGCUCUUUUGUUUACCCGCUACUCAGCGAAUGCUCAAACUGGGUCAGCUCAGGUUUCAGCUUCUCUCCCCAGAAGUUACCAGAAAACCGAUACCUCUAGGUUAACAUCUGUGGUUACACCAAGACCUUUUGGUGUCCACUCAAGAGGAAUCUCGUCACUUCCACGGUCAUUUACGAUGGAUGAUACCCAGAAAUACAAUGGAGAAGUAGAAAAACCUAAGAGAACUCAAACUUUGCUCACUAGCAGUUCGUUUUCAGAACCAGAUUCUGCACACCCUCUCUCCACUGGUGCAUUCAAAAGCAGAGGUGAGGAGGAGGAGGAAAAAGAAGGUGUUCAGUCAACACCAUCUCCUAGUUCAGCAUUACCUGUAAAAUCCCAAGACCAAGAUGCUGGAAGCAGUAUUCUUAAACCAGAGUAUUACUGUCCUCCUGAUUCUCUUUCACUUGCAUCUUCUGCAGAAAAUGUGAGUCUGACAGAGCCUGAGGAUUCAAAAUCUCAGGAGCAGUACAGUGAAAUGAGAAUCAGUAUAAACCAGAGACCUGGCCACAGUCGCAGCUUUGGGUUUACUACAAAUUGGAGUUCUUCAGGGGUCUUCGUACAGACAGUUGAAGAAGCUAGCCCUGCAUCAGUUUGUCAGCUGCAUGUUGAUGAUGAAAUUAUUGCUGUCAAUGGCACAAAGGUUUCAUGUAUGGACUAUAGACAGUGGGAAGAAGCCAUCAACAGAGCACUGGAAACUGGAAACCUGCUCAUGGAUGUCAGACGAUAUGGAAAGAAUGAUUGGGGCAAAGACCUGCCUUCCCUGCCACAUGUAAGGCAUAAAAUCCUCAAUCUCACCAGUAUGGCUACCAACAUUAUAGGUGCAUCUGAAAAUAAAUGGAUUGAUGCAACUUCUGGAGAAAACGUUUCAAAUGUUUCCACCGUAUCAGCAAAAAGAGAUUUAUCCAGCAGCCUUCAAAGUUCUGAUACAGAAACAAAAUUGAUAAAUGGAAUGCAAGGAGAUCUUGGCUCUAAUGAACAAAGAGCAUCUGAACCUAUUUCUUUGAAAAACUUAAAAAGACGGUCACAAUUUUUUGAACAAGGAGGCCCAGAACCUGCAAUGCCUGAUCUUCCAGUCCCAUCCAUUAGCGCUCCUAGUCGUCGGGUUUGGGAUCAAGAGGAAGAACGAAAACGACAGGAAAAAUGGCAAAAGGAGCAGGACCGUUUACUGCAGGAGAAAUACAAACAGGAACAAGAAAAACUGAGAGAAGAAUGGCUACGAGCUAAGCAAGAAGCAGAAAAAGAGAGCUCAAAGUAUUUUGUUGAGGAGCAGUCUGUUCUAACCUUAAACACGUCUGUUCCUGCUCGAGCUCCGUCUGUGUCCAGCUGGAGAGCAAGCCCUGAAGCAUAUGCUCCUGAGGAGCCAGAAGGAGAUGGAGGAAGCAAGGUAGCAGCAUGCUUGUUGGGUGAGGAAGAAGGAAGGAGGAGGCAUCAGGAGGAGCAGAGGAUCCAGGAAGAAGCAGCCCUGCAUUUUGAGCAAGAAAGGGAACUCGAAGAGCUGGAGCUUGAGAGACAACGUAAAGAGAGGGAACAGCAAUAUGCUGAGGAACAAAGGCGGCGGGCAGAGAUGGAGGAACAAAGGCGGCGGGCAGAGAUGGAGGAGCAGAGGCGAAGAGCAGAGAUGGAGGAGCAGAGGCGGAGGGCAGAGAUGGAGGAGCAGAGGCGGCAGGCAGAGAUGGAGGAGCAGAGACGUCAGGCUGAAAGGCAGAAAGAGAUAUCAGUGGAGGUGCCUCAGUACCAAAGACAUUACGAACGCUAUGAAGUAUCUAAAACAAUAGAGGAUCGAGCUGGCCAUCCUGUCAUUGACAGGCAUUAUGAGCGUUAUGAAGUUUCUAAAACCAUUGAGGAGCAACCUGGACAGUCUUUUGCAGACAGGAAUAAGUCCAAGUCAACUUCAGAACUGAAUGAAUUUAACACAAUCAGAAAUGGUACCCAGAGCAAGUAUUCGGAGAGGUCCUGGAACAUGGGUGAGUCGCAGAAGAAGUCUCAGAAGGAGCACAACCUGUCUGCAGCAGAGCUGGAGAGACAGCAAAUCCUCCAGGAAAUGAGAAAGAGAACAUCUCUACACACAGACAGCAGCUGGAUUAGGCAGCGCAGUUCCAGUAUACAUAAGGAGCCCAUUAGUCUAUACAGCAGUAGUAUGAGGAGAGGGGAAUCUUUGGAUAAUCUUGAUUCUUCAAGAACAAGCUCCUGGAGGCACCACUCAUGGAUGAACCAGUCUGUCUCCUCUUCAUCUCUAUCCUCUAACCAAGAUUUUGGUCGCCCGGUGUCCACUUCAAACCGAGCCUACAUGUGCACUCCUUCCAGCAAAGCACCUCCAGUGGCCACCUCUCAGAGGGCCCCCUCUGUGUCCCAGGCAGCCCCCCGGGCUCAGUCUCCCCUCUCUGCUUCCCAGCCAGGUUCCCAGACACGCAGCAGGUCAGUCAGUGGGAAGAAAAUCUGUUCAUACUGUAAUAACGUUCUGGGCAAAGGAGCAGCCAUGAUCAUUGAGUCUCUUGGUCUUUGUUAUCAUUUACAUUGCUUUAAGUGUGUUGCCUGUGGAUGUGACCUUGGAGGAUCCCGCUCUGGAGCUGAAGUUAGGAUCCGAAAUGACAAACUCUUCUGCAAUGACUGCUAUAUCAGAUUUAAAACUGGACAACCAACCUCCAUGUGAAGCAAAUGAAGAUAUGAAACCACUGUCGCAGAUAAAAGAAGAGGUGAUUGCUGCUGAUGUAGAUCUAUAAAUAUAUGCAUUGUGUGUAUGUGUGUGUUUUCUAAGAGUAGCACUUGCUUGUCUAGUCCCCAUAGCAAUGCAUUGUAUUCUCUAUAUAACUAUUUUUAUUUAUAAGGAAGUAAUUGCAGUAAGGAAAUAUCUGGGAAAAUGCUUUCACUUUUUUGGCUUCAAAUACUGAGAGCACAAGAGAAAAUAAAUAUAUUUUCAGUAAUAACUGCAAAAUAUUUUUGAGGCUUAUAAUCAACUAGUUGACUUUCCAAUGGUAUAUGAAGAGGGUAUUUUGUUUCUGAGCUCUUGAAAUGAGCAUUAGAGAAAUAGCUUAAUAUAAAUAUAUAUUUGCAAUUGCUGUCUUUAUUUUUGACAUAUACUGAAAGUGAAUUCACUAGGUUAAUAUGAAGCUGCAUUUAAAUGCACACAAAUGUGUUUGCUUUCCAUAUGAUGGUUUCUAAAAUUACGUGCUUUUUUGGAACUUAAACACAAAGAAUAAUCUGUUUGCUCAGUGGUGUUGGCAUAAUAUUCUGUGGAAUCCAUUUAAAGGGAAAAGUUCUCUUUUCCCAGUUGAAAAAUGUAACUCACUUUUUCCUCCACAAACCGAGUGGAGAAUGGUUGUUGAAUUACAGUAUAUUUGUAAAUAAAAUUUCUGAUGUUGCAUUUA